ACCUCCCGUGGUUCACGGUCAUGAUGCAGUGGGGGUACUAAAAUAGUUUCCUGUUGUUGCCUCCCUUGACCCCAACACUGUCUUUCCUGGCAUAGCAGACCAUGAUGUGCCAUGGAAGUGGCCAGCAGCAAGUCUGGUUCCUAGGUGGAGGCACACAAGCAGCUCUGCAUGCUGUUCUUGGCCACAAACCCACCCACUCCCCAGUUCCCAUUGGGCAGGAAUUAGCCAGUGAGAGUGUGGAGGUAGUGCAUGGAGCCCAUGGUGCCAUCACUUAGGAGCCAGACCUCCUGCUGGCUGCUUAAGGCAUACAGCGUGGUCCACUGUGCAAGAAGAGGCAAAAGGCCUGCCGUGGCACCCUCACUAGUCACCUGCUGCCCCUGCAGCAAGGGGACCCACAGCAAUCCACUGUUGAGUUGCAAGCCAAGGUUUCUGAGGGGGAGACUGCAGAUUUAUAUUUUUUAAAUAAAAAAAACUCAUCUUAAAAUGAGAUAGCAUGGACUUUCCUUCUCCAUAUACUAACAUGAUCUACGUGACAGGUUCAACGAAAAAGUUGUUGGGGGACCAGGAAGUGUGUUUGUGUGGGGGAGAGAUGAGGAAAGACCUUAAGAAAGAAGGUUGUAAAUUUUAAUCGAAUUAAGACUAGAAAUAAGGAUGAGCUGUUUCAAAAUUGAUUUUUAGCUGAAGUCAGUAAUUGGCAAUUAUAUCACUUAUUUGCUAAAGGAUAUAAAAAAGUCCAGUGUUAAAGGUUGGAACCAACAAGUGGGGCUUAGCACCCCCAGCUUCUCCUGUUUGUAAAGGGUUUCUUCAGCAUGUGGAAUAGUAUUGAAUUUCUGACAAAUGAUGAUACAUGCAGUGGACAACUGAACAUAGAUUCAAGACAAGAAUGUGGAACUGCCUUGUACCAAGAGGAUAGGCUAGUUAAAAUUUCUUCUGAAAAGGUCCUAUUUAAUCCAAAGCUAUGUGCAUGCAACUCAGAUGAUACCUGUAUUAUUGUGGCUGACAGAUCAGUGAUACUUCUUGAUAGUGUUUGCCAGUCUUUUCAGAUGAACGUUCAGUUUGAUACUGACGUGGAUGUGGUUGGUUUGUGUCAAAAAGGACAAUUUCUUGUGGUCGGUGAGCAAAGUGGCAGCCUACAUCUUAUUCAUGUGCCAUCAAAGCAAACUUUAUUAACUAAUGUUUUGGUUCAGAAAUCUCCAGAUGAAAAGACUUAUCUAAAUCUUCUUAUUGAAAAAGAUACUGCAGAUGAAGGAAUCUAUCAUAUGUUCAUUCUCACAAGCAAUGGAUUCUUUUGCAUUAUGUGCCUCCCACUUGCAAAAAUUCAGGAAGCAAUUGACAAGAUGGACAUGAUUACAGCAAAGAAGUUACAAGGAAAGAUCGUGACUACUUAUAUUUCUACAAAGGAUUAUCACACUCUUGGCUGUCUGAAUUUUGUGAUUAGAGGUAAAGGUGACUGUGUGCUCUCGAGAUGGGAGGUGGCUCCUAGUAAAAACCAGAUAUCUGUUCAAAGUUUUGCUGAUUCCAGUAUGAUUAAAGGUGCAGUGAAACUUCAGGUCCUGGACAACUUGUUGUUUAUCUUGAAUGAAGAAAAUAUUUUGAGCAUGUGGAAUGUUUAUUCUCUUACCUUGGUUUGGGAUUGGCCCUUAGUUCAUAUUGAAGAAUUUCUCCUAACUACAGAAUCAGCAUCUUCAGUUGAACGACAGGGGAUUGCCAGCCUUAAACUAAUAACCUUGACAAUAUCUGAUAACAAACAGAUGAGAAACCUCAUGGUAUUUUCACUACCUGCAAUGAAUCAGCUUUAUUCUAUGGAUGUAUCUGGUGUUUCUUCACUAGUUCAAAGUGAAAUCAGUACGGGUACAGUAUACUUUUUAGAAGGAAUUAAUGAAACUCACCAAAAAUCCCCUGAAAACCCAGUGUCUGUUUUGGUACUGAAAAGUUUAACAGAAGCCUUGCCAGAAAACAGAUUAAGUCGCUUACUUCAUAAGCACAAGUUUACCGAAGCUGAGAAUUUUGCUAUUCAGCUUGGACUAGAUGUUGAGCUUGUUUACAAGAUAAAAGCAAGUGCUAUACUAGAAAAACUGGCUUCAGCUUCCAUCGGGAGUUAUGAUCAAAUGGACUGGUUAGACCUCGUGGCUGAAGCUAAAGAAAAUUUACAUAAAAUACAGGAUACCCAUUUUAUUGUGGAUUACUGCGUAAAUGCUUCAUGGCCAUCAUAUGAAACAACUCAGGAAAUGUUAAGCUACGCUAAAAUCAGAAUCUUGAAGAGAGAUGACAAAAUGAUUGCUUCCUUAGCUGAUGGGCUUCAAGGGUCCAUAACAGAAAUACUGAGAGCUCAAGCAAGGCUAACUACCUUCUAUGGCGCCUUUGGACCAGAGAAAUUCAGUGGAAUUGCUUGGACUGAAUUCUUGAAUAAUGAAGAUAUUUUCGAGAGCAUCCUUUUUCACUUACAAGAAGGCAAUCUCCCUUGUGCACAAUACCUCUGGCUUAGGCAUCAGGCAGAUUUUGAAAGCAGCUUUGACAUGAAAAUGCUGGAGGAUCUACUUGACAGAAUUUGUGCCACCAUUCCUAUAAAACAACUGUGUCUGUGGUUUAAAAAUGUUGUGAUUCCUUUUGUAAGGAAGGUUGUGCCAAAAGGACAGAAAAUAUUAGCAAAAUGGCUGGAACAAGGAGCUCGAAACCUCGAAUUAACUGACAAGGCAAACUGGCCAGAAAAUGGACUUCAAAUGGCACAGAUGUUUUUUACUAGUAAAAGUCCAGUUGAAUCUUCCUGGCACUGGAUUCUUUUGAAGUGUGAUUGUGAAGAGGUACAUCGGUUAAAGAAGCUGGUGAAUGAUUUACAAGACUUGGUAGAGCUCUACAGAAAAUACAACUGCAGUCUAUCACUCUGUGAUUUUGAAAAGGAAAAUGCAAGUACAAUAGUAUUUCGCAUGAUUGAUAAAGUUUUGGCACCAGAACUCAUUCCGUCCAUUUUGGAGAAAUUUAUAAAACCAUACAUACAUGAACAUAAAUUACAACAGGAUGAACUUCUCUUGCAGUAUAUAAAGGACUUGCUAGAACGCUAUCGUACACGGUCUACAUCAGUUUUUGAAUCUCCGUGGGAGGCAAAAGCAAUAGCUGUCGUUGGCUGCAUAUCUGAUAUAGAUCUGAUAUUUGAUGCAGUACUGCAGAUCAUGAAUAGUGCUCUGGUGCCUUGGAGCGCAGCAGUCGAGCAGCUGGUGAAGCAGCAUUUGGAAAUGAACCAUGUCAAAGUGAAGUUAUUGCAGGAAAGUUACACGCUAAUGGAGAUGAAAACACUGUUACGGGGAUAUGGAAUAAGAGACACUAAUCUUUUAAAGGACAAACAUAUGAUAAUGAGACUGGUGAAAUACAUCCUUACACAAGAUACCCCUUCUUCUUUGGCAGAUGCUUUGAAAAUGGCCGCAGCAUAUAUAUUACCAACUGUGGAAGUCUAUAUUUUGAAGAUGGUGGACCUGAUUCAGCAAGAUAGGGGAGAGGAAUCUCUAAGCUUACUAAAAUCUCUGCCGUUUGCUGAAUCUGAGGAAGUUGCAGAGAGAUUGUGUAUAUGGGCAAGACUGGUAUUACAGAAUGUAACAGAUAAUUCUGAAGAGCGCAAAACACAAAUGUGUAUAACAAAGUCACUUGUGGCAGUUCUUAAAUUCCUGCUUAGCAUUCAGAAAGAAAAUCCUCUGAAGGAAGAUGAAUGCAAAGCAAACUUAAAAAUGUUUGAAUCGCUUGCUAGCCUGCAGGAGGAUUUUGAUAUCUUUAUUUCAGUCAAGGAUUAUGGGAAUCGUUCAUUGAUAUCUCAGCUUCUUGAAGAACAAAUAAAAGCCUAUGAAAAUAUCGAGUCCAUGGCAAAAUCUAGAGAUGUGCAAGCAAUGAAUUCUGAAGAUGAUAGUAAAACAAAGAACUGUUCCAUUGAAUUAAGACUUUACAAACUAGGUUUGCUUCUGCAAAUGACAGAGCAAGAGUUGGGGGCAAUGCUGGCACUGAGAUCAUUAGAUGCUGGAAAAAUUGAAGAGGCAAUAAAGAUAUGCAGCGAUUUAUAUGAAAACUACUGUAAUGAAGAAACAGGGAAGUUGCUAUUUUUAUCUUGUCAAAAACUUUGUCAUAUGUUGGGAGCCAGUGUUCCAAAGAUCACAGCUAAAGGACUGAAUUUUCCAGCUGUGAUACAUGAGAUGGCAUGCCAAGCAGCUACAAUAUGCAGUCCAGAUAUGUUGUUAGAUUCUCUGGAGCUAUGUAAAUAUACAUUGGCUGUCAAGGAAAUAUACAGGCAAUGCCAUAUAGAAAACCGUGGAUUUAUAUCAAAGGCGGCAUCUUUUGGAGCUGAUAAGGAUCCUUAUGAAGAAUGGACCUGUGAUGAUUUCUUUAGUGAAGAUGGAAUAGUCCUUGAUUCACUGGUGCUCUCAGUUGCAUAUGCAACUAUUUCUUCCCUUUUGCCUCUUGCAGAUACAAAGAGGUAUCCUUUGGAUUCCAUAAGCUUGGCAAACUGUCCAUUUAUUCCAGGACAGAAUCUUCUGGUGCCAGUCAAAAAGCCCAUUUCUGCACUGUUCCAGAACCUAAUGGAGUGCAGUCAGUAUGAGUUAGCCUUGCAGCUAACCUUUUGUCUGUUUGGAUCCUGUGUUCAGCACUGUGUAUCAAGCAACAUGGAUAUAUGUCUGAGUGAGAAGUGGACAAAUUGUUCCACACUAAAAGUAGUAAUUUGUAAAAGUGCUUUUUUAAAAACUCUGAAAACUUACUUUCUUGUCUGCCCUAAAAUGCUAACUGAUGCUAAAAGCUUUCUUACUGCUUUGAAAAAAAAAUCCUCUUCAGUGAUUGUGACUACUGUCAGGUCCUUAUUACACAAGGUUUUCAACUGUCAUCCGGUAGAUCGUAACCUGGCACUGGGUUACUGUACAAUUUUGCCCAAGGAAGAUAUGUUUGAAAAAUUGUGGAAUGCCAUAAACCACGCAAGGCAAAAUUACGAUAAAAUUCUGGCAUUAGCUCUGGUUGGAGCGCAGCUUGCUAGUCACUAUAGUGAAGCAGUAGAGAGACACAAAUUUGAGGAAUUAAUUAUUGAUGCAGAGUGGGGUAUCCAACUUCACAAACUUGGUAUUUCUUUCCAGACUGCAUUUAGGCAGCCAUCAGUAAGAAAGAAACAACUCAUAAGAACUAUGGUACAAAAUCUGAAUGUAGACACAGACCUGGUAUUGAAAUAUUGCAGAACUUUCAUGUUGGACACUGAUGCAGCGCUGCAGGUUUUCAUUGAAACACUCCUUCUCCAUAAUGCCAAGGCAGAUCAAAUUGAACGAGAGUCUAGAGGAACUAUUGUAAAGCAGCCUCAUUCCAUACUAUUGGCUAAAUCAUUAAAAAUAAUUCCUUUGCUGAAAGGAACAAAAUACCUAGUCAUUAGCCUCAGUGGAAUACUGCACAAGCUUGAUCCAUAUGAUUAUGAAACUAUAGAAAACAUACUGAGUGUGAUACAAAAAGCUGAUGAAAAAGUCACAAAUAUCCCCAUUAACCAGGCUCUGAGCUUAUUGAAACACCUGAAAUCCUUUAAAAGAACUUCCCCUCCUGUGGAUCUGGAACACCAAUAUAUUUUAGAGAAUGCGAUUUCCUUAUCUCCAGCUGCACAAACAAGGCUGCCUUUUCAUUUAAUAUUCUUUAGAACCAAGCAAUGUUUCUGGAGUAUUAUAUCUGCAGAGCUCAGUGAAGAGUCCUUCCCAACUAUUCUCUUGAUUUCCAAACUAAUGAAGGUUUCACUGGAUACCCUAUACAUGUCUGCAGCCAGGCAUGUCUUUGAAAAGAAAUUGAAGCCAAAAAUAAUUGAAUUGAAAAAUGCUGGAUGUUCUUCAGUGAUUAACAAGGAAACUGCCAAAACUGUGGAAACCAUUCAGUCCUACCUGUUAUCUAUAGUAAAUCCAGAAUGGGCUGCAGCUAUUGCUUACAAGUUUGCACAAGAACUUCCAACAGGGCCUGACCAGAUUCAGGCAUUGAAAUUCUGUCUCUGUUUAGCUGGGAAAUGGCUAAUGAACACUACAACCAAGGAAGAAUCACAUGAUAAAGCUGAAGUACUGCUGAGGAAGUUACGUAUGCAGUACCAGAGGUCAGCCACAGAAACUGUACUAAUAGCCCACAAAUUAAAUACUGCAGACCAUCUGAAACUUACUGGAAUGCCAGCAGAUCUUGUUGUUUUACUCUAUGAGCACAGCAGUAUAAACCAAAGGAUUCAAAAUCCAACUGGCAGAGACUAUCCAGAUAUUCAUGCAGCAAUAAAAGAAAUAGCUGAAAUUAACAACUUGGAUAUGAACAAAAUCUCUCAUAAACUGCUAGAAAAAUGGCUGUAUCUUAGUAGAUCAUCAGAUAAAACUCAGAUCUUUGAAGAUGGAGAGGAAGAUGAAGAACUCAGGAAAGUUAUAUAUCUACUUCAACAAUGGCCAGUGGAUUACAGCUCAAGAGUGCUUUUUGCAAUUACAACAUCUUCCACAUCCGUAAGUUUAGAGACUAUUUUUAAAAAAACAUUUAAAGUGAUUUCAUCUUUAUUAUACUUUAAUAAAUCUGUUUUUAAAGUGGUAUUAAAUAUGAGGUUUUAUUGCUUAGUUUAGCAUUGUGAUGUAGUG